AGCAAACAAAAAAUUCCACUCCCUUUUAGAUUUUUCAGCAGAAGAAAAGAUCCCAAAGAGACAAUGUUGAUGAAGGGUAUAAAAUACUGGGAAACAGCUUAUGAAAAGGCACCGGCACUUGUUAUUUCUCGGAAGAAACCAUCAAGUUGUCCUAGAUUAGAGACCAUUUUCGAAGAAGGUCCUGAAUUGAACUCUGUGGUUGUAGAGAAGAUUUUAUUUUUUGUUCUGAUUCCUUUGUCUCUUUCGGUUUUGUCUUAUGUUGUGCUAUGUAGAUGAAUUUUUUUAAAUAAAAAAAAAAGAUUUUGAAUGGAA